CCCGGUGAUCAGCAUUGCAUCAUUUGAGGUUUUAUACUUCAACGACGUCUGGUGUCUGGCAUCCACCGUCUCCAUGUCAGGCAUCAACGUCCGUCCUACUUCGCUACCAGUUCAAACAAUGACAGUAAGUUGGCCAUACCGGAACCUGACGAACGAGUCCGAUCAAUGAGCAGCAACGCAACACGGCAAUGACAUCGCUAUCCCCUCUCCGAGAAUACCUUCUCAUCGCAAUCCUCAGCACAACGCAAGCCCUCCAAGAAGCCAGUCUAGGAAUCGUCAUCGCCGCUCUCCAUCCCAUAGGCGAGUCCUUCGGGGUGCCCGACGACAGCGGUCAGCAGAGCUGGUUCGCGGCAUCGUAUGCCUUGACUGUAGGCACCUUCAUUCUACCCGCAGGCCGGUGGGGAGAUGUGUACGGGUAUAAAACUAUGUUGUUGAUCGGGUGGGCGUGGUUUGCGGUUUGGAGCGUUAUCACUGGAGUUAGUGUAUAUUCGGGAGAAGUCAUCUUCUUCGACGUCUGUCGAGCAUUACAGGGAAUUGGACCCGCGCUGAUCAUACCCAAUGCCGUGGCCAUCAUAGGACGAAUGUACCCCGAAGAAAGUCUGAGGAAGAAUAUCGUGUUUGGGUUAUACGGAUCACUAGCCCCUGCCGGCUUCGUCUUUGGAUGCUUGCUAGGCUCGCUCUUCGGUCAGCUCUCCUGGUGGCCUUGGGCGUUCUGGACAUUGAGCUUUCUCUGCCUGGCCAUGGCUGUCGCCACUAUCUUCGUGGUGCCGGCUUCACUAUCCUCUCGUCCGGAUCGACAUAUCUCCGCUGCUGAACUCGAUCUCAUCGGAACAGCAUUGAGCGUGACCGGCCUGAUUCUGGUCAACUUCGCCUGGAACCAAGCCUACGUGGUAGGAUGGGCAGUACCAUACAACGGCGCUCUUCUCGGUGUCGGCGUCCUCCUCCUUGUCGCCUUCGGCUGGUGGGAAGCCCGAGCUGAACACCCUCUCAUCCCAGCAAAAUACUUCAACGUCGAAGCGACUCUCACGCUCGUCGUGCUCUGCGUCGGCUUUGCUUCGUUCGGGCUGUGGAAUUUCUACUACUUCCGUUUCUCCCAGGAUGUGCGUGGAUACUCGCCGUUGGCCGUGACGGCGCAGAAUGUGCCCAUUAUUCCUUCGGGAGCGCUCGCGGCGGUCUGUACUGGGUAUUUGUUGAAUCGCUUUGGAGCCAGUUUCGUACUCACGUAUGCCAUGAUUGCUAUUGCGAUUGGCUCGAUCUUGCUUGCGACGGCACCUGUUGAUGAGACGUACUGGGCGAGGACGUUUGUCUCAAUGGUUGUUGUGCCGUGGGGAGUUGACGCAACGUUUCCGGCCAGCACAAUUCUUCUGGCGAAUGCUUUUCCGCAGAAAUAUCAAGGCUCGGCGGCGUCAAUCGUCAAUACCCUUGCCAACUACUCGAUCUCGCUUGGUCUCGGCUUUGCCGGCACCGUCGAGAGAAAUCUGAACCCCGACGGCACGAUGCUGCUGAAAGGCUAUCGUGGAGCAUUCUACCUGGGCAUCGGACUUGCCGUGCUCGGACUCGUGAUCGCGGCGUCGUUCUGGGUGUCGGAUUUGGUCAAUGCGAAAGGGAGAGCCAAGAAGGACUCAUCGACGGAGAGUGGUUCAGAGAAGGGUCAAGUGAUCGGGAGUGCUGAAGGCUGUCCUUGA